AUGCUAUUAACAUCCAUACUAAAGUCAUUUGUUGUCUAUCUGUACUACUUGAAAAAGCUUUUCUACUCACAAGAUGAUCUAAUUACAAAACCAUGUGAACUUGAAAACAUCAACUUUCAAUUGAUUAAUACAGACCCUUCUGGUACUUCAUCUAAUCAACUAUACCAAAAUUUCCCAUUGUUCAUUGCAAGACCUGAUUAUUCAUUCCAACAUAGUGUUUCCGCUGGUGAUUCUUCUUCAUUCUCAUCCAUCUUUUGGACUAGAGUUACUCCCAAAUUCAAAGUUGCAAAAUCCAGUUUAAUUCCAGUUUAUUUCGUAUUGGCGCUAGAUCAGUGUUUCCAAGAUGUUGUUCUAUCUGGUGUUACAUACACAAACUCAUUAAUAGAUUUCACUGUGAAAUUACAUAUAAGGAAGCUAUCACCAAAUUCAAUCUAUUAUUAUAAGUUUUAUGAUGAACGUGGUUCCUCUGUUAGUGAUGUCGGUAGAUUGAAAACGUUACCAGAUAACCAUAUAUCCACAAAUAUUCAUCUAGAUAUAACUGAUUCAGCAGAUUACAUCGGUAGUAAUGAAACAGAUUUUGUCUUACAAUUCAAUGAUUAUAGAAAUAAAUUCUUUACAAGACUAAGAGAUUAUAGAUAUAGAUAUUCAAAAGAAUCAAGAUCUUCAAAUAUCACCACCUUAUUUGCAGGAUCAAAUCCAUGUAUGUACACAAGAGAGUUUGAAAUGAAUGAUCAUACCCAAGCAUUAUUGGAAUGGUUUCCAAUAAGGCCUCCGAAAAGACACCUGCAUGGGAAAUAUUUUGAGAUUGGUGAUGUGUUGAGGAUAAAUAUCUUGGAUCAGAAAUUCAACUCUACACCUCAUGAUAUUGAAAAUGAGUUUAAAUCUGAAACCAGGUGGGAUUUGUUUUAUACGAUGGAGAAUCCAAAUUUAUUAGAAUUUCAAACUUCAAUUGGAUUGAACAGUUCUUUUGUAAAUUUGAGAGAUCAUAAUGGGAUGUUGAGAGUUAACAUCUCCUCAAAUCAAGAAGUAUCAUUCUAG